ACAGGAUGCACCACGAACAGUCAAACUAAGCGUUCAGUGGUGGAAGGUACAUUUCAUCAGCUCGUUUUUUAAUACCGUUUUUCCUCUGACAGCAACCAAAGGGUGAGAAGGGAUGACCAGGCCGCACCCUCCAUUAUGGGUACUCGUGCUGGCCAUCUGUGGAGGACUGGAGGGUGCCACGGAUGUCACUACUACUACUGCAGAUCCUUCUCCUUUGACCACUACAGACUUCCGCCAAACAUUCACUGCUGACUCCUAUACAUCCACUCCUGACUCCUCCACUCAAUCCACUGCUGACUCCUUCACUCAGUCCACUGCUGACUCCUUCACUCAACCCACUGCUGACUCCUAUACAUCCAUUCCUGACUCCUCCACUCAAUCCACUGCUGACUCCUUCACUCAGUCCACUGCUGACUCCUUCACUCAAUCCAUUGCUGACUCCUAUACAUCCAUUCCUGACUCCUCCACUCAAUCCACUGCUGACUCCUUCACUCAGUCCACUGCUAACUCCUAUACAUCCAUUCCUGACUCCUCCACUCAAUCCACUGCUGACUCCUUCACUCAGUCCACUGCUGACUCCUAUACAUCCAUUCCUGACUCCUCCACUCAAUCCACUGCUGACUCCUUCACUCAAUCCACUGCUGACUCCUUCACUCAAUCCACUGCUGACUCCUAUACAUCCAUUCCUGACUCCUUCACUCAAUCCACUGAUGACUCCUUCACUCAAUCCACUGCUGACUCCUAUACAUCCAUUCCUGACUCCUUCACUCAAUCCACUGCUGACUCCUUCACUCAAUCCACUGCUGACUCCUACACAUCCAUUCCUGACUCCUCCACUCAAUCCACUGCUGACUCCUUCACUCAAUCCACUGCUGACUCCUAUACAUCCAUUCCUGACUCCUUCACUCAAUCCACUGCUGACUCCUUCACUCAAUCCACUGCUGACUCCUUCACUCAAUCCACUGCUGACUCCUAUACAUCCAUUCCUGACUCCUUCACUCAAUCCACUGAUGACUCCUUCACUCAAUCCACUGCUGACUCCUAUACAUCCAUUCCUGACUCCUUCACUCAAUCCACUGCUGACUCCUUCACUCAAUCCACUGCUGACUCCUUCACUCAAUCUACUUUUGACUCCUUCAUUCAAUCCACUGCUGACAACUAUACAAUCCUUCCUAACUCCUUCACUCAAUCCACUGCUGACUCCUUCCCUCCAACAAGUACUCGUAAAGCCUAUAUCCUAGAUCCCUCUUCUGGCUCUUUCUCAUCUUUUUCCAAUGGCACACUUAUUACGACAGAAAGAAACAAGAGAGAUGGUCAGAGCAUUCCCAAAGAAAUUCGCCCUGAGAUAGAGAUGACAAAUGAUGGUGGUCAGAUACAAGUUUCCUGGAAUAACUUGAACUGCACUGAAGGGUAUGAAAUGGAUUGGACAUGUGAGAGGAACUACUCCUGUUGCUCUCCUUCAUGUAAGAAACCUCCAGAAAAUAACUUAGAAUGCAAAAUAAAUUUCCACGGGGAGCCAUGUACAACAUACACAGUGAAAGUGAGAGGAAAAAACUGCAAUUCAAGUUGGAGUGAAAAGGAGAAAAUUUUCAUUAACUGUACAGCACCCAGUAAGCCCAGAAAACUGAGUGUCACCAUGCCUGCCUUCGAUAAGCCUACACAGCAAUCUAGAAUGGCUCAUAUCACCUGGAAUACCCCCAGUCAAACAAAUGGUAUACUGAAGAGUUACAGGAUUACUUAUCACAUCAAAAACACUCCUGCAAAAACACUUGACAUACCAGUUAAUAAAUGCAACAAAACUGAAUGUAGCUACUCACUUGAGCUGAAGCCAGAAUCCAGUUAUAGGUUUGAAGUUCGAGCUGAAAACAUGGAAACAAGUUCGCAGUUUUCACCUGCAGAGACAUUCCGCCUCACCACUGAAGCAGGAGUACCAUUUUUCAGAAAUAAUAUGUCACUUAACUAUGAUAAAAAGGAACUGAGUUACAACUCCAUCACUCUACUCAUCAAUGGCAGCUCCAUCAGUAAUGACAAUGGCAAAAUCAGAGAAUGUUUUGUGAAAAUGAAGAAAGGUUGUAAUGGGAAGAAUGAAAAACCCGAAACAGUUUACUGCACCAGGACACCCCCAAAUGAGGAGUUCAAAGUUGUCAUUGGAGAAGUAAAGCCAACUCAAUCAGACUGUGGAACAUUUAAGACCUUUUCCAGCUUGGAUUCAAAUCAAUGCUACAAGUUUUUUGUUUUAAUUUAUACAAAAAAUCACUCUGCAGAAUCAAACACUGUCGAAAUACAUACUACACAACAUUACCUUGUACCUGUGCUUUAUGGUCUUGUUGUGGUACUCAUUAUCUUACUGUUGGGCGUGGUAGCUGCCUAUGUUAUCUUCAGACAUCUUUACAGACCCAUCUUUUAUUUGAAUUUCUCCAGACUUCAUAGUGAAUCCAUUGAACUUCCUCUGGUGGUACUCCCUCCUCCUGAUGUCAAUGUGGAGAAGCGCAUCCUGUUGUCGGACUUGCUUGCAACUGUUCAGAAUCUGUUUUCAAAUGGUUCUGCUGGUCUGGCCUCAGAAUAUGCUGAAAUCCAAGCACUAAGAACAUUUAAGCCAUGCAAAAAUGCUCAACUUCCAGCCAACAGGAUCAAAACUCGUUACUUAAACAUUCUUCCCUUUGAUGAGACACGAGUGGUGUUAAAGGAAUAUCCAAAUAUCAUUGGCAGUGAUUUCAUCAAUGCAUCUUAUGUCCAUGGAUACUCAGUGGCCAGGGAGUUCAUUGCUUGUCAAGGGCCACUGGCCAACACUGUGGCAGACUUUUGGCGCAUGGUGUGGGAGAAGAAUGUCUAUGUCAUUGUUAUGGUUACCCAGUGUUUUGAAAGAAACAAGGAGAAAUGCUGCAAAUAUUGGCCUGAUAAGGGCAGGGCAUUUUCUUUUGGUGAUCUUGCACUCAAAGUAAGGAAUUUACAAGAGCAGCAGCACCAAGAGGAUGGUUAUAUACAACGUAACCUACAGUUGUCUAAGAUACACAAAAUGCGUUCAAUCAGUCACUUCCAAUUUGAAUCAUGGCCUGACAUGGGCUGUCCUGAUACCCCAGACCAACUGAUCAAAUUUGUGAAGGCUGUCAAGGAGGCUGUACCUGCACAAAGUGCCCAUGUGGUUGUACAUUGCAGUGCUGGUGUGGGACGGACUGGUACCUUCAUUGGCCUAAGCAACCUAAUUGAAGAGAUGCAUGAACAGGACAGCAUUGAUGUAUUCCACGCAGUAUACAGGAUGAGAUUAUAUCGUACCAACAUGGUGCAAACACAGGUCCAGUAUUCCUUCUUAUACAAGUGUGUACUCAAAUACUACCUGGAUCAAAAAGGAAAAAGUGAGUCUUGGUCUACAAUUGAAAGAAGGUUGGAUAAUCCAGAAGCCAUCCCUGAUGUAAUCAAUGGUGCCCUAAGAGGACCACAGCAUGAUAAAUCUGAUGAAGGGAAUAUUACAUGUAGUAGAGCCAAGGAAAAUAUAACACAGUAAGAAAAGGGAAUUCAACAUAGAUGAAUAUUAUGUGGGUAUUCUUUUUUGGAUUUUAUAGAAAGAUGUUAAAUAAUCAUAGAGUUUUUGGUAAAUAACAUACCAAAGAAAUUUGGACAUGUUUGUACUGUAAAAUAUCAAUAUGUACUUAUAAGUUAGUGCUAUGUAUAAUUCAGCUAUAUCUCUGAAACUUCAUUUCCAAAAGGGUACCCAUUUCAGAGGAACCUCCAUUUGUCUUUAUUCACAGAAUCUCUUUUUGUUUACUGAAGCACUAUUCCAUUUUACAAUCUCUUCAGUCAUCACAUUUCCAAAAAGGCCACAUCAUAUUUGUGUAUUUCAGGUCAUUCAUUCUAUCACUUCAUUUGCACAGAUCUACAAACCACAAUUUUAACACCUAUUUCCAUUGUUUUCUCUGCCACUACAUAUGCCUCCUUCAGAUAACUUGUCUCUUUAACACUAAUUCCCGGUUGGAGUGCCCUAUUUCAUGUUCCAGUCUUUCAUUCUUGUGUCAAUGCUGACAGGACAAUAUUAUUUGUUAAAACCCUCUUUGCAUUCUGACAAACAUCUUUCCUUCAUGUUAGUUUACAAGGAAUCCCUUGGCAUGCCUACCUUUCAUAAUACUCUCUGUUAUUUCUCUUUUCCUGAACUGUGUUUACAUAACACUAUUUUCAGAUACCUAACCUUUUUCACAUUCUCUAUUUUCUCACCCCCAUUAACUAUUUGACUAUUAAAGGUCUACUUCACUUCUUUCCUCUCUCAAACCCAUCAUCUUACCUAACCCCUAAUUUACUGAGCCACUAUUUUUAGAAGAAUCUUCAACUUUGUUUUAUCUGCAAACAAACAUGAAAGCACAACCUAUUCAUUAUCAGGCUCGCACCACAAAAUUUCCUACUUUCGCUGUUAAAUUCCUCAUGCAACAAUUCAUAAAAGAAUAAAACAGCCAGGGACCAAUCAUACAAUCUUACCUCCCUCAUGUUUAUAUAGUUUAACUCUCCUCACAUUCUCUUUCCUUUUAUCUCAUUUUGUUUUUUUUAUUAACUUCUCCCUCAGAUAUUUAUUUUCCUGCUCAGCAAUACUACAAAAUUAACCUUGAAAUCAGCAAGAGAGAGAGAGAGAGAGAGAGAGACAGAAAGACAAGCAAGCAGUUUAAUUUUCACCUCUCUCUCUCUCUCUCUCUCUCUCUCUCUCUCUCUCUCUCUCUCUCUCUCUCUCUCUCUCUCUCUCUUAGUAAUGCUCUUAAACCUGUGGAAAAUUAUUGUGAGAAAUGGAAGCUUGACAUUAAUUGUAAAAAGACCAAAAUUACUAUAUUUUCAAAGGAAAAAUGUGAAGUAGGAAAUUUUAACUUUCAACUUAAAGGAGAAUAUUGAAAUCGUUGAUGAGUAUAAAUAUUUAGGUGUUAUUAUGAAUUACAACGGAAGUUUUAAAUUGUGUCAAACACAACUUUGCCAGCAAGGAAGAAGAGCUAUGUACAGUCUAAUUGCCAAAUGUAGAAAGUUUGAUUUACCAAUUGAUCUCCAACUAGAGUUGUUUAUGGUGUUACCAGUUAUUACAUAUGGUUGUGAGAUUUGGGGAUUUGAUACCUCCAAAGAUGUAGAAAAUGUUCAAGUCACAUUUUUUAAACACAUCCUGAAUGUUCGUAAGACUACGUGUAAUGCAAUGGUAUAUGGAGAGUUGGGUAAGUAUCCUGUCAGUGUACAUAUAAAAACAAGAAUGUUGAAUUAUUGGUCUAGGCUGCUGACUGGCAAACAAGUGAAAUUAUGUUAUGUGAUGUAUCAAUGUCUUUUGAAGUUGUAUAAUGAAAACACAUUCAAAUCACCAUGGUUGAGCUACAUAAGAACAUUGUUGAAUAGUUCGGGUCUAUCGGGUGUAUGGAUUUGUCAAGAUGUAAAUAACUACGUAUGGUUGAGACAUGUUUUUGAGAGAAAUGUUAAGGAUCAAUGGAUAACUGAAUGGCGCUCAUUAUUACGUAGUAAAUCUUCAUGUAAUACUUAUGUUUCUUAUAAAGAUAAUUUUGCCAUAGAAAGUUAUUUAGUAAAAUUGCCAAAACUA